AUGAACUUGGCUGCAGCUAAUGGGAACCUCGAGCUGGUACAAUGGCUACAUGAGGUAAGACACGAAGCUUCGUCUUCUGCUGCUGUGAAAGCAGCGAAAGGAGGAUAUCUGGAAAUGCUCAAGUGGAUGGACAAACAUUCACUGUGUAAACACCAGGGAGUUCCGGUGGAAGACGCAGCGGCAGGAGGCCACUUGAAGGUUGUGAAAUGGCUACAUAAAUCCGGGGUCGGUAUUGCCACUCCGCGAGCAAUGAACGCAGCUGCAGCGAAUGGUCAUCUCGAAGUGAUCAAAUGGCUUCAUCGCAAAGGAAAAGAUUAUUCAUGUACCCAUGUUGCAAUGGACAAUGCAGCCAUGAACGGACAUUUAGAAAUUGUCAAAUGGCUACAUACUCAUCGAUCAGAAGGUAGCACAACAGAUGCAAUCGAUGGCGCGGCCAGAAAUGGAUACCGUGGAGUCGUACAAUGGCUACAUUCGAAUAGAAACGAAGGAUGCACGACUCGAGCCAUGGACGAGGCUGCUGCUAAUGGCCAUCUACAUACUGUGAUGUGGUUAAGCAAAUAUAGACCAACGAGUGAUCGCAUCAGUAGCUCUGCCAGCAGCAGCGGCUCACGAUCAAGCUCUAGAGGAAGAGGCGGGGGCUGUACCACGAAUGCCAUGGACAGCGCUGCUCGUGGCAAUCAUUUGGAUGUGGUGAAGUUCCUGCAUAGACAUCGAGAGGAAGGAUGCACAGAACGAGCCAUGGAUGGCGCUGCUGGCGCUGGCCACGUAACGAUGCUCAAAUGGCUACAUGAACAUCGUAGCGAAGGCUGCACAGCUGCAGCGAUGGAUGAAGCAGCAGCAAAUGGGUACAUUGAAGUGGUGAAAUGGCUACAUGACAAUCGUGUCGAGGGAUGUACAGCACGCGCUAUGGAUGGAGCUGCAGCAGGCGGACACCUUCGAAUUCUGCAGCGCACGGUAAGCUCGAUACACUGA